GGCUCAUUCCACUACUGAAGUCUAAAGACAUGUUGAGAUAAUACAGUAACGUAACAAUCAUUAAGAUGGAGAUAGUGAUUGUCCCAAAGGAAAAUGGUCAAGGGAAGUCGAUAAGGGCAUGUUCAAAACAGUCUGAGAACGUAGGCUUGGAUGAAAUGCAAAUACAGUGACAUCUACUGGAGACUAGGAGUUAAUACAGUGAUUACACACCUGGGCAUGUCAUUCAGUGAGCCAACACAAAGAUGGUGGAUUCUCCUAAAAGCACAAACGAAAACAGUAUUUCCAGUCUAUGUGACUCUCCUACUGUUAAGCAGCUGGAGGAAAUCCUGCACAGAGGUCAGUUAUCAUGUAACCAUGUCGAUGAAGUGUGGCCCAGUCUGUUUCUGGGAGACAUGUACAUGUCUCAUGACAGAUAUGGCCUCUGGAGACUUGGUAUUACUCAUGUUCUGAAUGCUGCUCAUGGGAAAAUAUGUUGCAAAGGUAGUGAUGAUUUCUAUGGUACCACAGUGCAAUACUAUGGUGUAGCAGCUAAUGACCUGCCUACAUUUGAUAUUUCACCUUUCUUCUACCCUUCUGCACAGUAUAUUCAUCAUGCUCUCAGCACUCCCAGAGCCAAAGUCUUUGUGCACUGUGCUGUUGGUGUAAGUCGUUCUGCUGCCCUGGUCUUGGCUUAUUUAAUGAUCUAUCACAACUACACCUUAGUGGAUGCUAUCCUGAAAGUUAAAGAGAAGAGGUGGAUUUUUCCAAAUCGAGGAUUUCUCCAGCAUCUUAUAAAUCUGGAUUCUGAACUAAAGAGUGAAUCUCAACGUGACUGUCCUGUGCAUGGAGAAAACUAAUGACAAAUGUAUUAGUACAUGUAAAACAGAGAAUAGGCAAAGAUGCUUGAACAGACAUAUGACAGCAUGUAGAAUAAGUAUAUUAUUUUUGUCAAAAAUCAGCACUUAAUAAAUAUAUACACUAUAUGGUCAAAAGUAUGUUGACCAUCACACCCACAUGUGGCCCUUCCUCAAACUGUUGCUACAAAGUUGGAAGCACACAAUUGUACCAAAUAUCUUUGUAUGCUGUAGCAUUACAGUUUCCCUUCACUGAAACUAAGGGGCCCAAACCUGUUCCAGCAUGGCAGUGCACCUGUGCACAAAGUGAGCUCUAUGAAGACAUGCUUUGCCAAGGUUGAAGUGGAAGAACUCAAGUAGUCCUAACCCCAACCCUCCUGAACACCUUUGGGAUGAAUUGGAAUACCGACUGAACCCCAGACCUCCUCACUCAACAUCAGUACCUGAUCUUGUGGCUGAAUAAGCAAAUCCCUACAGACAUGCUCUACAAUCUAGUGUAAAGCCUUCCUACAAGAGUGGAGCUUAAAUAUAAAUAUAUGAGCUGAAUAUAUUAAUAUAUAAAAUCUGAGAUAAAUCAGUGUUUUUUAUGCGUUUCUAACAUUCAUUUAUUUGUUUGUUUAUGUAUUUAUGAAUUUAUUUACUUAUAUUGU